AUGGCGUGUUUUCUUACAUUUGAGAAUACUCACAAAAAUGUCAAUCGGGAGUUACUUAUGUUCCCUCAUUGCCUGAAGAAGAGAUGGCUUUGGGGAGACCUAAUUGUGGCCUUCCAGUACCUGAAGGGAGCCUACAAGAAAGAUGGAGAGAGACUAUUUACAAGGGCCUGGAGUGACAGGACAAGGGGAAAUGGCUUCAAACUGAAAGAGAGUGGGGUUAGAUUCUUGGAGGCCACCGUAAUAUCAUCACUUUUUUCCCAUAGGACACACAUGGGAAAUGGUGACGAGGAGGUGUUAAUAGCGAAAGGUCAUGGGCCUGAUUUGAUUAAUUCUCAUGAUUUUAGGAGUCAAUGCAGCAUCAGCAGAAGCAGGUUAGCAUAUUAUCACUGCAAGGAGGACAAGAGAGAACACCUGAUAGCUCACGGGAGUUUGGAUUAUUUGCCUUCACACAGUAAACUUAAUAAAAAGUGGCUACAACAAAAAAAAUACAGAACAGAGUGGGAUCGAUGGCUGCUGAUGGAGCUAAUUGGAACAGCAGUGGGGGUGCCGGGGUUUUUGAUUCAUCAGGUAAUUGACUUACUCAUCAAAUCGAAAUGGAACCUGGUGGAAAAUUACCUGCAGGUGAGCAACACCCACAUGACCUGGCUGUGUGUGCUUUGGUCAGGGCUGGCCUUGGUGGUUCUCUCUUCAGGCUCAGUGCUGUCGUUUUGCUCAGCAUGUUCAUCAUCUGGCUUGCCCAAAAUUAUUGGUUUGAAUGGCACUUCUAUUCAACAUCUGUUUAACACAGUCUUUUUAAGCACAAUUCCCCGUGAUGCUCAGCAAGCAGUUAUCUGGACAACUGCAGUCAGUUUUGUUUCUGACAAGCCAUCUGUCCCACAGCUAUGGCCUGCUGGUUGCUUUACAUCUCGUGUGACUGCUUUUAAUUGUGCAAAGUUUGUAGCCAAUCUCAAGUGGCUGCACACAACAGCAGCAAUAGUUUUGCAUACACCUGCAGAAAUACUCUCUGCUGCUGCACGAAGGUUGAGGCUCUGUCCUCCUCUGCCUUUAGCUGCGUCUGAUUUACCAAAGAGUGCCUUCAAUUGUAUGACAUCACUUUUAGUGCUCUCCUGGUUUUGUGGCCCUGGGCUCCGCAAGGGCCGCCCUGCCACAUGUCUUCAGUGCCCCAGAGUGUCGGUGUUUCACUCCUGUGACUGCACUGUUGCAGGAUGUGAAGUGGAACAUCUUCCUGGCCUUAGUAUGCCACGUAAACCCAGCUUUGACAGGAAAUUAUGGUUAUGUUUUUUUCUUUCUCUUUUUUACGUCUGUUACCCAAAUUUUGACUCUUCUACCUGUUGCAGAUGCAGUUUUACUAUGGCUGCUGCAGAAGCAGGCAUAACUUUGGUAUUUCAUGCCCCCAUUGGUGGGCUCUUGUGCUUGAGAAGGAUGGCUUCGUUCGGGGACAUAAGGCUGGUCUGGCAAGGCUUAUUCUGCUGCUUGAUGGCCACCUUCACCACGGGUGUAGUGUCCUCUUAACUCUAUGGGUUUGUUUACAGGGGCCAUUUUGAAUUUUUUGAGGCAGAGAAAAGAAUUCUAUUUUGGGUUAAGAACUUACUGGACAUGAACAUCUUGGCCUUCAUUCUGACCAUCCUCCUUGGUGUGUUUGGAGGUCUUCUAGGAGCUUUCUUUGUUUCCCUAAAUAUAAAGGUUAAUAAACUACAUAUGCAGUUCUUUAAUUCAAUUCCAAAAUUAUCCCCUAGAAAAACAAGCAAGCUGUUGGAGGCUGUGCUUAUCCUAGUAUGUAUGACAACUGUUACAGCGUAUUUACUAUAUUUCUUUUCUUUCAUUCCUGUUGUGAGAAGCUACCAGAUGAGAAACAACUCAGAAAUCAUAAAUCAGCUCAAGAGGGAAAGUUCAGAAUAUAGCUGUUCCUCAAGCACAUGGAUUGGUCCAGAUGAAGUCAGAUAUUCUAAUCAAACCUUCAGUCAAGCUGCUGCACUUCCAGUUGAAAAUGGGAAGUAAGGGAUCACAUACCUUUUUGAACAUGGGACUCGCGAAAAAUUUGGAUACAUAUCCCUGUGCAGUGCUUUGGCAUUUUAUUUCAUCCUUAGCUGUUGAAUGGCAGGUUCUGCAGUUGCCAGUGGCCUGAUUAUUCCUAUGCUGUAUACAGGAGCUUUGUAUGGCAGGAUAAUGGGAUUGAUCCUUGUUUCCAUUUUUGGUGUUCAAACCAAUGAACAUGGAGUGUGGAUUGAUCUAGGUUUCUUUACUGCCAUUGGAGCUGCCUCCUUUUUCAGUGGAGUGUCAAGACUUACCAUUUCCAUCACUGUGAUAAUGGUAGAGAUCACAAAUGAUGUCCAGUCCUUGCUACUGAAAAUGCUGGCUGUCAUGGUGGCCAAGGUGGUUAGUGACUUGUUCAACAUAUCCCUGUACAGUUCCCUCCUGAAGCUGAAAUGCAUUCCCUACUUGGAUGUGGUAUCUUUUUCUCAUUACAGAGUCAAAUGGUUGAACCUGGAAUUGUUCUCUGCUAGGGAUGUCAUGGAGACUGGUGUCAGAGUCCUUCACCUGAAGGAGAACAUUGCCUCCUUGGCUUGACUUCAUGCAAGUACAAGCCAUGGCGGAUCCCCAGAGGUUUGCAGUCCCAAGCCAGAGCACGUAGAGGUGUUCCAAGGUACUAUUAAAAGGUUAGAGCUGUGCAUGCUGCUGGAGAAUGAGCACAUCUUAGAAGGAGAGUCCUUCUCCUCCUCUCAUCCUCUCUCCAAUGAGAAGAUAACAGUGGAGAAGCUGCCCAAUCUGUCGUGCCUAACCAUGCUGCUGAAUCGCUUCACUACAGAUCCCCGGUAUCAGCAACUCUUCAUCAAUCUGAAGUCACACAUAAACAAAUAUUCAAUGUCAGUCCGAGCUCAUUUCUCACUGCAGUGCAGCUAUGUCAUCUUUCACACCCUGGGGCUGUGCCACCUCACUGUCGACCUGCAGAGCCGAGUGGUUAGGGUGAUCACCAGGAAGGACCUGACGUCUUUCCCACUGGAGGAGAGGCUGAGGCUCCAGCUGGUGCCACAGAGCCCCUGUGCUGAUGAACUGCCCCCAGAUUCAAGGCCACGCAUGUAUUCUUAGGCUUUGUCACUUC